AUAGCACUAUGUCAAUGUGCCAAAGUGACCUGGAAAACGUCUUAAAAAGUAUACAUUUAAAAAGUCUUCUCGUAGUUAGUUCAGUUGUUGAUUAUAUAUGUGAUAUAUCAGCUCAUUCACCAGGAUAUUAACGUUAUCAAUAUCAUCUCGUGACCUUUAUUUAUAACUGUGAUCAUGUGAUUAGAUUGUAUAAACAAAACUUGCAUUUAUUUGUGUAUCAUAUUGGUUAACAGAUAAAUAAGGGGGGAUGGAGCCUUUGCGGUACUUCUGCUGUUUUAUUUUGGUUUUCACCACAGUAAAUGCUUUGAAGUUUAAAGAAUACAAAACUUUCUUGGAAGAACAAUCCAGAAACCAAACAUUUAUGAAACUAUUCGAUCAGCAUAUUAAAAAAUUCAACAAAGCAAAAUCAAAGAGCGUCCAGUUUCCAUGCGAAGGAUUUAGAUUAAACAAGAACGCAACAAAUGUUCAUGAAUUGACACCAGCUGACAUCAGCGUGGUAGCUGCCAUUGGCGAUUCUAUUACAGCUGGAACUGGUAUUACAGCAAAAACACCUAUUGGACUACUGAGGCAGGACAGGGGACUUUCCUGGAGUGUUGGUGGCGAUGGCAAUGUUGAUGAACAUAUAACACUUGCAAAUAUGUUGAAACGAUAUAAUCCAAAUCUGGUAGGAUUUUCUGUCGGAAGUGGUGAUUUUGAAAGUGAGAAUGCUCAUUUGAACGUGGCAGAUCCAGGGAAUGAGGCCAGAAACAUGCCAUUCCAAGCAAGAUUACUAGUAGAUAGAAUGAAAUCUGGUAAAGAAGGAGUUGAUUUUGUGAAUGACUGGAAAGUUAUAACUAUGUUCAUUGGUGGAAAUGAUCUGUGUGACUAUUGUGGGGACAGGCCAGAAUAUACAGUAGAAAAAUAUAUUGGAUACAUCACAGAGGCAUUGGAUAUCUUCCACAAAGAGGUACCGAAAGCUUUUGUUAAUGUGGUGGAAGUUUUAGAUAUUGGCAAUGUACCUUUACUAAAUGAAAACUUGGUUUGUGAUACACUUCAUUACUUUACAUGUAGAUGCGGUGCCUUUCCUGGAGAUAAUAAAGAUGAACUGAAAGCUUUGGUCAUUCAAUACCAGAAUGGUUUGGAGGAUUUGGUAGACUCUGGACGUUAUGAUACCAGAGAUGAUUUCACUGUUGUCAAUCAACCAUUCCUUUCUGAAACAAAAAUACCAGUUAAUGAUGAUAAUUCUACUGAUUUGGAUUACUUUGCACCGGAUUGUUUUCACUUUAGUGAGCUUGGGCAAGAAGUUGCAGCUAGUGCACUUUGGGAUAACAUGAUUGAACAAGUAGGACAAAAGAGAACAUACUGGAGACCAGGAGAACCAUCAGAAUGUCCUGAUACUGAAGAACCAUAUUUUUAUACAAAGAAAAAUAGUAAAGGAGUAGAAGGAUUUGGUUCUUACCAUGAACAGACCAGACAAGAAAACAGACAGCCCGAUGCAAAUACUAGAACUCAUCAAUUUAGUAGCACAUCUGUUGCCGGGAUUGUCAUAGGUGCUCUGUGCAUUAUGAUUGUAGUUUCACUUUCAGUUUAUUACCUGAAAGAAAAACGAAAACAGAAUAGUGUAGAGAGAUAUCAACUACUACAAGGAUCAUCUCCAAAUUACACGGAAAUAUAAACAGAUAUUGAUUAUUAUGGUGCUAACAUAAAACAGCAUUAAGUGUUAUGUGAAAAUAGUUUUUUUCCAUUAAAGUAUUAUUGAAAUAUCCAAUUGUUGAAGACCUUAAAGAAACUUUUUAAUUAUUCUAUUUUAAGGAUCUUUCUUAUGGAAAUGAUUCAGUGUUCUAAAUUUAAAUCAUAAUUUCACACAUCUUCAGUUUUAAAACAAUAUUUAGAAAUGCACAAAAAAUACAUUUAGUUAUAGAGUGCAAUGGAUCUUGAACAUCAGAAGUAUUUUUUUUAAUCUAUAUUUCAAAUAAUUUCAUUUGAUUUAGUUAUUUACUCAAGAAAUUGCCCUUUGAUUCAUUUAUUUUGGUUUGAAAAUCACUUAGCUUUGUUGAAAAAAAAACCAAUAACCAAUAUCCUUUAAUUUUGAUGUAAUGAAUAGUAUACACUGGACGUCAUGAAUACCAAAUUGGUCCUAAAAUAAAAGUUACAACAUCUUCUCUUUUGUAUUAGGUAGUAAAAGACGUCCCAAAAGAUAUAUAUUUAUACAUGCCAGUAUUUUGAAAAUAAAUAAAACUAUUUUUAUUUUGUCAUUGUCAGAACUCGUGAGAUUAUUGUUAUUCAGGUAAUUUAUUGUUUGUAUACAAUUUGUAUUUUUGUAUUUAUAAUGUGAAAUUAAAAAAGAUUAAAUAAAAUUGUACAAAAUA